GGAAGCGCACGCUGUAGCUCUGAAAAAGUCACUCGCGGCUCCAGCGGGCGGGAGACUCGUCGCCCCUUUUGGCCGGUACGGUACUUGCGACUUUUUGCUUCUCGGGGAGGGCUCUAAGCCGGCUCGCACGCACGCACCUCGGGCCCACUGUUUUUUUUUUUUUUGAGGGAGACCAGCGUGAAUCAUCCUCGCUAGCAAGAGCUUAGUCUGGGCGGGUGGAAGAGAAGCCGCCGGAAAGACGAGAGCUUCUUCCUCCCCUUUUUGGCUCUGAAAGCUGGAAGUGAAGGCUUGAAGAGGGGAGGCAGGCAGUCAGGCGGGCGGCCGGGCGGAAGCGCUCUCUCUCCUCGCUUUGGGAGAAGAAGCAGGACCCGCGCCCCCCAGCCAGGCAAGGCCAGGCCAGGCAAGGCAGGGACCGCCAAGCCCUUCCUGCGCGCUCCCCGGACGGUCCUCGCCCCGGUGGUCACCCUCUUCCCAGCGCGCGGCUGAUGUGCACGAAGAUGGAGCAGCCUUUCUACCCUGACUCCUUUUUCUCCGGCUACAGUCAGGAGUACAAGGCGCUGAAGUCGGGCAUGGCUCUGAACCUGUCGGCCGAGUCGUACCGCGGCCUGAAGUCCCAGCUGCCCCAUCACCUCCGCGGCCAAGACGACGGCCCGGCCGCCUACUUCCCGGGCUCCCUUCCCCAGCAGCCGGCCGAGACCGGGAGCUCCAACUCGCUCAAACUGGCCGCUCCGGAACUGGAGCGCCUCAUCGUCCAGAACAGCAACGGCGUGAUCACCACCACUCCCACGCCUCCCGGCCAGUACUACUACCCUCGGGGGGCCACGGAGGAGCAGGAGGGCUUCGCCGACGGCUUCGUGAAGGCGCUGGACGACCUGCACAAGAUGAACCACCUGCCGCCCCCCAACGUCUCCCUCGGGGGAGCCGGGGCGGCGGCGGCGGCGGUGUCCUCGGCCAGCAGCGGCUACGGCGCCUCGCUUCCCCAGGAGCCGCCGCCGGUCUACACGAACCUGACCAGCUACCACCCUGCCGGCUCGUCGAGCGGCUUCCCGAGCGCCAACCUCAGCUACCUGCCGCAGCCUCACAGCCUGGCCUUGCCCCACCCGGCGCGGGGUUUCAAAGAGGAGCCCCAGACGGUGCCGGAUGUGCAGAGCCCGCCCGUCUCCCCCAUCAACAUGGAAGACCAGGAGCGGAUCAAGGUGGAGAGGAAGCGGCUGCGCAACCGCCUGGCCGCCACCAAGUGCAGGAAGAGGAAGCUGGAGCGCAUCGCCCGGCUGGAGGAGAAGGUGAAGACCUUGAAGUCCGAGAACGCGGGACUGUCCAGCACGGCCAGCGCGCUGCGGGACCAGGUGGCGCAGCUCAAGCAGAAAGUCAUGAACCACGUGAACAACGGCUGCCAGCUUCUCCUGACGGCCAAGAUGCAGCAGUCUUUCUGAGGAGGGGGAGGAUCAUCAUCAUCAUCAUCAUCCAGAAGGCGGGGGGGGGGAACCAAGCCG